UCUUCCUAAGAGCUGCACCAAACAAAACCAAGUACCAACCAACCUAAACCAACAAUCAUUAAAAUCUGUCACAAAAAAGAUUACCACUCACUCGAAUAACAUGCAAUUACAAAGCACAUUCAUACACACACACACACACACACACACACACACCCAUACAUACAAGUGGUGCGCGUACACACACACAUACAGAGCGCGACCAUAAACACACUGUGCUCACACACGAAACGCUGCAGGAUAUUCCAUUCUCCAUAAAUUGCAUAAAUGUCAACAUCAUCAACCAUCAACUUGGUUAACCGGCGCUUGCAGCUUGGAAAUGUCAUUUAAAAUAAUAAUAAUGCAAAAAURAAAAUAAUAAGAAAAAAAAAACGAAACAACAAAAAGUUGAAAGUAAAAAGUGGCCAUAAAAUGUUGCUUAUCUAAGCCUCAUCAAGUGGUUGUGAUAUGGAUUCUCAACGCAUAUCACAGCCAGCUUUGAUGAGCUAGGAUAAUCAACGGGGGACAGCGCUCUACAAAAAGCUAAUUAGAAACAAAUGUGAUUAUAAAAAAUAUAAUGAAUUGGUUUGAAAAUAUGUAUGUGCUAAAUAGAAAAUAUAAAAUUUGGUGUUUAAAAAGAAAAUGAGUAAGCGAAAAAUUCGUUAGUGAUUUGGUUAAAAUUCAAUCAAUAACAAUUCAGCCAAAAAAAAAUUAAAUAAAUUAAAUUGCAAGAAAAUUGUUAAAUACAAAAUUAGAAAAGGAAUUAAAUUGCAGGAACGAGCAAAAACAAUGAAUAAAGCGAAUUUCCAAAAAUGUUGAAAGAAUCAUCCAUCCAUUCCUGCAUUUUCACACAGUCAUCGAAUGCACCGAUUUGUGUUUACCUAUUUUUAUUUACAAUUCAUUCAAAAUUUUUACGCUUAUCGCACAUUUGUAAUGUUUGCAGCUAAAUACACAUACAUGCCAUACAUACGUCAUAUCUUAGUCAUUGGCAAUUUAAAGCGAAUCGCUGGUUGUGACGCCGUGAGUAUUGCUGUACUAUGCCCCUGAAUGAAUGAGUGCUGCGUCAGUGAGCCGAACACGCGGUACUUUCUCUAAUAUCCAUACAUACAUACAUAUGUAUGACAAACUAAUAGUUCUAUGCACUAUGCCUAUGUAUGACGCAUAUUAUUUUCUCGAAAGGUCCUUAAUGUAUAAUGACUUUAGAAUACCAAUUAGUAAUUGGGGAUUUUUAGCUAUUUUUAUUUGGGUAGUUAAGUUGUAGAUAACUUGAAAUAAAGAAAAACAUUUUUUUUAAUUUUAAAUUUCGAGUUACACGCGACGUCCGGCGGCGCUAAAAACUUGUCUUUCACUGCUGCAGUGAUUCGUACUUUCAUUUUUAUUUUAAUUUUUUUUUUUUACAGACUUUGAAUAAAAAAUCUAAAUUUUUGAUAAUCUUUUUUGCUUAAAAAAUAAGUUGUAAUGGAAAUAAAAAAUAUCCUUCGUUGAAUAACUAUGUAGAUAAUGUUAUUUUAAAGAUGUAUACACAAUUCUAACUAAAUCGGUCCAUAAUUUUUCGAGAAAUCAAAAAUGGAGCUACAUCGACGUGGCCUGAUGGGUGGAACUUCCAAUGGAUCUGUCUUUAGAUCUUAUUUUACUCGGAUCGACUUAAAAUUUUUGGGGAAUAUUUUAAACAUAUCCGUAUUGUACUAUUUAAUAUGAUAAAAAAAAUAAUAUUAAUAAAAAAAAAAUAAUUCGUCUCUAUAUAUGUACAAUGUGAUUGAGGUCUGGCUUCUGGGUCAGAUGUGGCAGCACCUUUUUAAUAUUCCUUAGCCCAUAAAACAUAAUGCUUUGGAUAGUUCUUAUGAAUAAAAAAUAAAACCACUAUUUAAAUUGAGUUUAGUUGUUUAUGGAGCCGGAUUAUAUUUUUAAUUUUGCCUAGUAGUCCAUUUUUUUUUCUUGACUAUGUAAUUUAAAUUUUUACUCAACAAGUGGUCAAUUUCAUGUGGCUUCAGAAGUAACGGAUUCCUAGACAUACUUCGGAAAGUCAACAAAUUUAAAUGAAAAUGUUUUUCGCGAAUUUAACGGUUUUCUUUAUUAAGCUGUUUCAGCAUAAACAAUGUGGUUUUUGGUUUAACGUUUAAUUUAUUUUCAUUUUUCAGCAUUUUCUAUUAUUUUUAAAUAUAAGAUUUUCACUUUGUUUGAACUAUACUUGUUACAGAUAGCUUAAAAAAUGUAAUUCGUUUAAUCUUAUUUUCGCAGGUAUACCACAAAAACAACAAGGACUAACUGAUUUUUUAACACUUUUCAACAUCGAAUUUUGCCUGUUUUUACAAUAUUUAUUAAAAUAGUUAAUAUAAGUAUAAAGUGUUUUGUAAACACAACUGUGUGUGUAGUUAAGUCCGAUUAAUUGUAUUAAAAGUCUGUGAAAAUACCGUUAUAACAUUAUAUGUGCGUGCAUGUCCGAGAAUUGUGAUAGCAAGUAGUAGUUUAACAACUUGAUUUAAUUGUUUAUUAAAGUCAUACGUUCUAGUUACACUAUUCACAUCAUAAAGUGUAGAAUAUUAAACCAAAAAUAUAAUUGUAACAGAAGUGAAAAAGCUGUGAAAGUCUUUAACAAAAAAUUUAUAUUAUAUGUGGGCAUGUAUAUUUCUGUAUUAACUGUAAUAAUAACCUCGAAAAAGUAACUGAAAUCAAAGAUCUUGAAUUUUAAGUAAACGAAACAUAAAAUUUUAAAAAAGUUAUCGAAACUAAUUUAAGUUUUCACGUCCAUUUUUUUAAGUAAUAAAAAGCAGAACAACAACUGUAUUCCACUUCGAACAAUUUCCAUUCCAAUAAACAGUAUUUUGUGAACCGAAAACCAAAACUGAUAGAAGUUUUCAACUCACACAUCCCACACUCAUUCACUCACUCACUCAAGUAUUGAACACAUUCUCUUAAUUAAGUAACUUAAUUUCUAUAAGCAAACUAAACGCUAAUUCUGAACAUCAUGUCCUUGCUUAAGCGCAAAUGCACGCUACUCUUUAGCGUCUGCUCGUUGACUCUAGUGCUCGCUUGCCUUUUAAAGCAGCCGACUACGGCUAAUGCAUGCUCUAGUCGUUCCAUACCCAAGCCACGCACGCUCUCCUCGGCCGCCUCAUCGCUUUCGCCACAACAGUCGACAACAUCCGCUACGACAACUACUACCACCACCACCACAACCACGGAGCCGACCACCACUACCACAACGACACCAAGACCCAACAUCACCUUCCCAACCUACAAAUGUCCUGUGAACUACGACGCUUGGUAUUGUCUGAAUGAUGCAACCUGCUUCUCGGUUAAGCUGGGCGACUCGGUUAUGUAUAAUUGCGAGUGCGCAAAUGGCUUUAUGGGGCCACGCUGCGAGUACAAGGAGUACGAUGCAUCCUUCUUGCCGAAACGACCACGUCCAAUGCUGGAAGAGGCGAGUAUUGCAAGCGGCGCCAUUUGUGCCCUACUCUUUGUGCUCUUCAUCUGUUUGACCCUAUACCUACGUUAUGAGCAGCGCGCUAAGGUUUUUGCUGAGGAUUAUGAGAUCACCGACGCCAUGGAAGAGGAGGAUGACGAGUGUGAAAACAGCUACUUCUCAACGAAAACAUGUCGCUAUUGCAAUGAGCCGCAAUGUUGCGGUGCAAAGGCUGGGAUCGUUGCUGAUGUUGGCAAUAGCGGCAUGCGUGGUCGUGUCUAUGGCGCGGCCGAGGGCGGCGUUGGUGCACCAUCGCUGCGUCGUUACAUUGAAGCGAUUUCCAUGUCAUUUGCUAUCAGGCGCACCACCAAAAUGUAAAAUGCGAAUUAAACGCACACGAAAUAUAAUUUAUAUGAGAAAGCAUAAAUAAUAUGGUUGUUCUGUUGUAUUUGAAAGAUUUUAUAAAAUAAGCUGUAAGAAAUAUAUCUGCGCGUAAUUCUGCGCCCUUUAAUAAUUAAAAUUUGUUCUAUAUCUGCAUUACCGUUAAUUUUCUGCAAUUUUAGUUCACUAAAAUAAAAUAUUUAUUCACUGUUCAUUCAAAAUAACUUAACUUAAUUUUUUCCAUUGCAAUUCACUUAUUUGUACUUAACAUCCUACAGUUAUGAGAACUAAUAAUAAAUUUUUUGGCAAAUAUAACACUACAACCAACUCUAAAAAGAACAAAAAAAUUUAUAUUAAAUAAGCUUUGUUAGCCCUUAAGCUGAGCUUAGCAAGCCAAUUCAUUUUUAACUGUACCGUUUUUUGAAACACAUCAGUUUUAGACUAGUGAUGACUAAAUGCCUUCGAGUGCUUUAUAUACAACAUUUAUAUACUCCUGAAAUCACUUAAUAUUUUAACUAAAAUUGAAGUCCAUUUUCACAAAUCCAUGACAUCACAGCACAUUUACAUAUACAUAUACAACACAAACAAACAUGCAUUAUUUUCAUUUAAAGUAUAAUAUUUAUGUAAUUUCACCACUCCAAGUCCGGAAUAAACUGAAUUUACGAUUUUUUUUACAAACUUUAUUUAA